CGGACCCCGGACCCAGCGCGCCCACGCCAUGGCCGGCCCCGGCCUCGCCUGCCGCCUGCUCGGCCUCCUGGCGCUGACCUCCGCCUGCUACAUCCAGAACUGCCCCCUGGGCGGCAAGCGGGCCGCGCUGGACCUCGACGUGCGCAAGUGUCUCCCCUGCGGCCCCGGGGGCAAAGGCCGCUGCUUCGGGCCCAGCAUCUGCUGCGGGGACGAGCUGGGCUGCUUCGUGGGCACGGCCGAGGCGCUGCGCUGCCAGGAGGAGAACUACCUGCCGUCGCCCUGCCAGUCGGGCCAGAAGCCGUGCGGGAGCGGGGGCCGCUGCGCCGCCGCCGGCAUCUGCUGCAGCCCGGACGGCUGCCGCUCCGACCCCGCCUGCGACCCCGAGGCCGCCUUCUCCCAGCGCUGAGACCCGCCGGCCCCCGACACCGUCCGAGCGCAGCCUUCGCGCCCUCCGUAGUCACCCCCAGCAAUUAUGACAAUGAAAUAAAGCAGAUUUUUUUCCCCCUCCAA